AUGCCAAGGGAAAACCAGACUUCUGUGUCUCACUUCGUUUUGGUGGGCCUGCACUACCCACCACAGCUGGGGCUGCCGCUCUUCCUAGCCUUCCUUGUCAUCUACCUCCUCACUGUCUCUGGCAAUGGGCUCAUCAUCCUCACUGUCUUAGUGGACAUCCGGCUCCAUCGCCCCAUGUACUGGUUCCUAUGUCACCUCUUCUUCUUGGACAUGACCAUUUCUUGCGCUAUUGUCCCCAAGAUGCUGGCUGGCUUUCUGGACAGUAGGGUUAUCUCCUUUGGGGGCUGUGUAAUCCAGCUUUUUUCUUUCCAUUUCCUGGGCUGCACUGAGUGCUUCCUUUACACACUCAUGGCUUAUGACCGUUUCUUGGCCAUCUGUAAGCCUUUACACUAUGCUACCAUCAUGACCCGCAGAGCCUGCAACUCCCUGGCUUUGGGCACCUGGCUGGGAGGGACCAUCCCCUCCCUUUUCCAAACAAGCUUCAUAUUCCGGCUGCCCUUCUGUGGCCCCAACCAGGUAGACUACUUCUUCUGUGACAUUCCUGCCAUGCUGCGUCUAGCUUGUGCUGACACCACCCUCAAUGAGCUGGUCACUUUUGUGGACAUUGGCUUCCUGGCGCUCACCUGCUUCCUGCUCAUCCUCACUUCAUAUGGCUACAUUGUGGCUGCCAUACUGCGAAUCCAGUCGGCAGAUGGGCGCCGCAAUGCCUUCUCCACCUGUGCUGCCCACCUCACUGUCGUCAUUGUUUACUAUGUGCCCUGCACCUUCAUUUACCUGCGCCCUGGCUCACGGGAGCCCCUGGAUGGGGUGGUAGCUGUCUUCUACACUGUCAUCACUCCCUUGAUGAACCCCAUCAUCUACACACUGCGCAACAAAGAGAUGAAGGCUGCACUACGAAGACUGGGGGGCCACAAGGAAGUGCAGCCUCACUGA